AUGGCGUCGGUGGCUGCGUGGCUGCCCUUUGCCCGCGCGGCCGCCAUCGGCUGGGUGCCGAUCUCGCGGCAGCCGAUGCCCCGGGCCCCCAUCGCGAUACAGGCAAAAGACCUUGCCGUGGACCACGUCUCCGACGAGAAGCUCUCGAUCAACAUUUCCGGGCGAAAAUUCGAGACGUGGAAGAACACGCUGGAGAAAUUCCCGGAGACACUUUUAGGAUCUAAUGAAAAGGAAUUCUUCUACGACGAGGAGACGGGCGAGUAUUUCUUCGAUCGGGACCCCGAUAUAUUUCGACAUAUCUUGACGUUUUAUCGGACCGGCAAGUUGCAUUAUCCGCGGCACGAGUGUCUGGUGGCCUACGAUGAAGAGUUGUCAUUUUUCGGCAUUAUGCCCGAUUUGAUAUCAGAUUGUUGCUAUGAGGAUUAUAAGGACAAAAAGCGUGAAAAUCAGGAGCGACUCCUUGAAGAAAGACUCGAGAAUACCGACGCGACAAAGUUGAAGCAGACAACACAGCAAAAAAUGUGGGCAGCCUUCGAAAACCCUCACACCUCGUCGGUGGCGUUGGUGUUCUACUACGUGACGGGGUUCUUCAUUGCUGUCUCCGUUCUGUGCAACAUUAUCGAGACUAUUCCUUGCAGGUACACCGAUGAUGUGAGCACGUCCUGCGGUGAUCUGUAUGAGAAACAGUUCUUCGUCCUCGACACGGCGUGCGUGAUCAUAUUUACGAUAGAGUACUGUUUACGGCUCUACGCCGCGCCGGAUCGAUGCCGUUUUGUGCGCUCAAUUAUGAGUGUCAUAGACGUCGUCGCCAUCCUACCGUACUACGUCGGCCUGGCCUUCCAGAAUAACAAAGAUUUCUCGGGGGCAUUCGUGACGUUGCGUGUUUUUAGGGUUUUCCGAAUCUUCAAAUUUUCCCGCCACUCUCAGGGCCUACGGAUACUCGGCUAUACAUUAAAGUCGUGCGCCUCGGAGCUCGGGUUCCUUGUGUUCUCGCUGGCGAUGGCGAUCAUCAUCUUUGCCACAAUCAUGUACUAUGCUGAGAAAAAGGUGCCGCACACCAGAUUCACCUCAAUCCCGGACGCCUUUUGGUACACCAUCGUUACGUUGACAACGCUCGGCUACGGUGACAUGGUCCCGUCAACAGUGAUGGGAAAGAUUGUGGGCGGUGUCUGCUCGUUGUCUGGAGUGCUUGUCAUCGCCCUUCCUGUUCCCGUCAUCGUCAGCAACUUUUCACGAAUCUACCAUCAGAAUCAGCGGGCGGACAAGAGACGUGCGCAAAAGAAAGCCCGUCUGGCCCGAAUACGAAUCGUGAAGAACGCCUCCGGCCAAGCCCUCUUCAACAAGAAAAAGGCGCACGAGGCUCGGAUGCGCGCCUUCGAGCAGGGGCUGCUGUCGUUUGAUGCGUUGCGGGAUGAGGACAUCUUCGAGAUACAGCACCAUCAUUUGUUGCAAUGCUUGGAGAAGGCCACGGAACGCGAAUUCGUCGAGGCGGACAUCUCAUUCGAGGGCGGUGGUGUGAGAGCCACCCCUCCGCUCACCCCCUCAUCCUCCUCUUCCCAGUUGCGAAGGCGUCGCAACAGCGUUGGGUGGUGCUGUGUGGGCAGACGGAAAUCCGAGGGCGACAUCGAAGCUCAAAAAGUCACUUUUGCCGACCAGAAUCAGGUGCACGAGCCAUCCCCUAACGUACACGUAGACGACGUCGGUCAUCAUCGCCCGCAUGAGAAGUUUUGCAUUUCACAGCUG